CUCUAAAAAUUAACAAACGAUUCCCUCUCUUCUCUCUCCUCUCUCUCUGUAGAAGUCAGCACUCAUAUUUUCUCGUAACACGAAGCAAAUCAAACAAAACCAUAAAAACGACAAAAACAAGAUCAAAAUCCAAAAAAUCUAGGGUUUCAAAUUCCCUCUCCAGCUCUCCCUCCACUUUGAUUCGUAUAUAUAAAUUUUUUCCUUUUCCUCAAUCUCCAUUUUGUUAUAUUUCCCCUUCAGAUUGCAUUUUUUCAGCCGGAAAAGCACCGCGACGAGUAAACAUUUUCCCGCGAAAAACUAACCUCUGGUUUUCUGCUGCGUUUUCACCCCUCCAAGCUUCAAGGAAGCCUGUUGGGGAAAUAUAUUGAUCUGAAUGUAUCGACUAUUUAUCCGGGUUGAGGAAAAGGGGAGAUUUACGCAUAUUCUGGGGGAAAUUUAUUAAUAUACAUUGAGGGAGGUCUGGAGAUUUGUUUGGUUAGAAAAUUCUAUAAUUUGUUGCGGGAAAAUUGAUUAUUGGGAUUGGAUCUUAAUUGAGGUGUUUGAGAUUUGAUUGAACAUUCUUUGGCUAUGAAGUCUGAGAUUUCGUCCCCGUCAACCAGUCUGGUAAAAUGUGGUGAUUGUGUGUGUAGCUGUUCAAUGAUGAACAGGUCAUUUUCCGGGACCUAUCUUCGUCCUGUAAAGCGAAAAUAUGAUGAGUUUGAGGAAGAAAGCCGGUUCACAAUCCCAGGACUGGUUUUACAACAAAAUGCCCGUGUGGAGAUAGGAAAUGAAUGUGCGGCAUUGCGUGAGACAGUCAGCAGCCAACAGCAGACCAUUCAGGAUCUCAUUUUAGAGCUCGAGGAGGAGAGGAAUGCAUCCUCCUCGGCCGCCAAUGAGGCCAUGUCAAUGAUACUGAGGUUGCAGAGAGAGAAGGCAGAGGUUCAGAUGGAGGCGAGGCAGUUUAAGAGAUAUGUGGAGGAGAAAAUGGCACAUGAUCAGCAGGAGAUGUUGGCAUUGGAAAAUUUGUUGUAUAAGAGGGAGCAGACCAUUCAGUCUUUAACCUGUGAGGUGCGGGCCUAUAAGCAUAGGAUGAUGAGUUAUGGACUCACAGAGGCUGAGGCUGAAGGAGAGAAGGAUAUGAACCAAAACAAUACCAUGAAUGAAAACCUCGAGGGGCAAUCUGAACUCCCUCCUUACGAGAUAUAUCCUCCUCUCAAGUGCAAUGUGAAUGAACCCCAGACAUAUCCAGACGGUAAAGAUGAACCUGCUGACAUGGAGAAAUAUGCAUUUGGUGAAACUCCACUGUCGAGGGAUCACUUGAAGGAUUUGGAGGACCGGAUCAAUCAAUUGGAGAGAACUCCUAAGGCCAUUCAGCCUGAAGGGGAAUUUAAAAAUGCGUUUGAAAAGGUGGUAGUUGGUCAAUCUCCAAGGCGGCCUCGGCAUCUUAGGAAGUUCUCAACUGAUAGUUCAAAUUCGUUUUUUAUGAAGGGUAAAGAAACCGGGGCAGAAUUUUCCACUGAUUCUCCAAAGUUUUGUGGCAGUUUUAAGAAGACAGCAUACACGCAGAUGGAAGAGAACUCUAAUUUGAGGAGGGUCAAUAAUGCAUCAGAAGUUGGAGAUGACGUGAGCGACAGAGUUUACACAAUCGAUUCUAUUCAUCAGGGAGCUUCAUUUAAUGGUGUCACAGAGCCUAAAUCUUCUGUUGGAAUGGGCGAUGACUCUCUAAGGACCCCAAGAGAGUCGGUAAAUCAUUCUGAUCUCAGAGAUCUGGAGGUCCAGAAGCUGUACGCUAGGCUUCAUGCUCUUGAAGCUGACAGAGAAUCAAUGAGACAGGCAAUUGUUUCUGUUGGAACUGACAAAGGACAGAUGGUGUUGUUGAAGGAGAUUGCUCAGAAUUUGUGCAAAGAAAUGUCACCAGCAAGAAGGAUGCCUGAGCGGAAGCCAUCAGUAAUCGGGAGAUUUUCGUCAAUGAUCAAGUGGGUUGCAUCUUUUGUUUUAUGGAGAAGAAAAGCACGCAAAUGCAGAUACAUGUUCGGAAUACCAGCCAACAAUGCCGGCUUACUAAUGGUCUUAGAUCGGGGACCUCGCGUGGGGAAGUGGAGACGUCUGUCAAAUGUACGACUGUGAACUCCGUAUCUUAUAAACCUGUGGAUCCUAUAGUUUGAACACUUAAGUUGGAUUAGUAACACUAUCUUCGGGUAUACAUUUUUUCUCUGGAUUCCUUGUUGCUGUGGGAUUGGGAAUUCGGUGGUUUUGUGCAGUGUUCUCUUACUCUCAGUUGUCCGUAUAGGUCACAUUUGUUGGUCGAACAGAAAAAUCUCGUUCAUGCGAAAUUAAAUUGGCUUAUCAAAAAUUUCGCUCAAGGUCCUCGACUUUAGUUAGUGCUGCUAUGUACAUAAGAAAGUAUGUGUAAUUUCUCAAUCAAUUGUACAGGCAGUCUUGGAACAUUAAGCUUUCUCACCUUGUAUGAUUCUUUUUUCGUAUUUUGGUUGAAUCCUUACUGUAUUUGUAAAAAUGGAUUCAGAUUUCUUAUUUUUGGGUUGUUGAAAUCAUGCUUAGACA